AUGACAAGAGGGUUUCACGAGGAUUAGUAGUUUAAAAAAGAAUUUUUAUAAAUAGUUGAUGCUCAUGGGGGAGAGAAUUGUAGACAUUGGACAAAGGUUGCAAGAGUGUACUUUGAAACGACAGGGAUCCAAGUGAACUAAACAUACAAGUUAAGGAAGAGAUGGGAAACAUUGACUGGAUACAAGGAGAAUUUGAGUGAGGAGUAGACAAAGAUUCUGUAUGAAACUGGGAUUAAAUGCAGGGGAAACAACAAAGGAGGUUUGCAGAGUUUUACAUAGCAGACAGGAGUUAGAAUGUAUUUAGGAAGAUACACAAAAACCAUAUCGAAGUGGUUGAGAGGAGCAAUAAAACUAUUUCAGGAGAUGUACAUCCAUGAUAAGAAGACAAGAUAUAGAAGGUUGGACGAGGAUAAUUAUCGUUUAUCCUAUGUUUCUAUUCACAUAAUGUUGAGAGCCGUAGAUGUGAAUGAUAUUGGCGAUGAUCCUGUAUUCUAGGAAUUAAAAUAAUGUGCAAUAAGACUGGAGUAGUUGUUAUUGUUGCAUGCUAAAAUUCACAAAGAAUUCGAUAAGAGGGAGAACUAUGAGAAUUAUGACAUUUACAAGAAUUUCUUGAAGCGAUGGUAAUUUAGGAGAAUAAUGUUUUUUUUGGAUUAUGUUAAUGAGUUGAAACAGAUCAGCAUAAGUUAUUACAAGGAAUUGGUCAUAUUGGCUCAUCCUUUGUUGAAGAAGUCUAUAGAAUUGAAUAAGAAGACUGAAGUCUAUUAGAAGAUAAUCUUAGAAUCUGAUUGGCAAUCAAAAUAUCAAUUGUAUAACUUAUGUCAAGCAUUACAGGAGAAUUAAGAAUACUCUAUGUUGAUUAAGAAGGCAGCAAAAAAGCAGAAGGAUUAACCAGAGAAGGAGGUACAAGAGAAUGUAUAGGAUGUGGAAUAGAAUGUUUAGAAUGAUCAUGUGCUACAAGGAUAUGAUGUGGUAUCCAAGUCAGUCCAUAAGGUUUGCAAUAAAAUGGCACAUGCAAGGAUAACUCCGACCGAAAAAUAAAAGUUAAGAACCUUUCGUGGACAUUAUGUGAGACCAGGUUAAAUCAAGUCGAAGGGAUGGACUACGAUAUUGUUUGAUCAUGACUUGCCUUCGAGUUAGGAUGAAAGAGAAGUGGAGGAUUAGUAGAAUCUUAGUAAUUUGGAUAUGAAGGAACUAUCUAGAAUUUACAAUAGCAAUUUUGAUAAGGACAUUGGAAAAUUGUAGGGGAAAUAUAGGGAAAAAAAAUAGAAGAAAAAUAAACCAUACGCAUUUUGA